AUGGCGCUCUGGGCUGAUAUCACGGACCCUCAACGUCAUUUUGAAACAGAGGUGUCGGCUCGGGCAUUGAAGGAACCUGUCUUACGCUAUGCAAUUUUUGCAUUUUCCUCGCGCCAUCUUGACCGACAGGACAACACCGAUGUAACAGAGGCACUGCAGUAUCACAAUCGGUGUGUCCAACUACUUAUUCCAGCGCUUUCUGGGCCUCGCGAGCACAUCACCGAGGAUAUACUAGCUGCAGUCGCUAUACUCCGUCAGCAUGAAGAAAUGGAUGGGGAGGACAAUCAAUUUCACCUCACUGGCACAACUCAUAUCCUGAAUACAGUGUCGACCUUUGGCUCUUCGGGUGGCCUAGGUGAAGCUGCUGCUUGGCUUUGUUUGCGGCAGGAUAUCUAUAUCUCGCUCACCAGCCAACGGCCUUUGCGAACCAACCUACAAAGCUUCUACCAGUCAGAUGUAUUCCAAAGAAAUGACGAUUUUGCAUGGUCAAGCAGAAUGGUCUUCCUACUUGCUAAUAUUCUCCAGGGCGCUUUCACGGACUCCACUAUAACACAUAGCACAGAUCAGAUCGAGGAGUGGUAUUCCACCAAACCGCAUACUUUCGACCCGGUCAGAUCAAUCCCAAAAGGCCCCGAGCCAGAUCAACGACUCCCUGUCAUGUGGAUGCUGCUACCCGUGCAUGUGAUUGGAAUUCAAUACUAUCAUAUUGCCAAGAUUGUUUUGGCACUUUCCGAAUCUUCGCAGGCAUCUUCCACCUAUGAGAGUUUGCGGCAUUCUCGAACAGUGGAGGUCCGUUCAAAUACCAACAUCUUUCGGUCGGCGCUCACAAAGGAUUUAGAAGAAUGUACGCCACCAUCUGCUCACGGUCCUCGGAUUGGCACAUUCCAACGCGAAGGCCGAGAACACGUUAUUUACUGCACGUCACAGUUUAGUCGCCUGGGGUUGCGUUCUUCGGCAUCCCCUGGACCAAAGGGCUGCGGAAUCGCUAUUGCAAUCCAUGAAUGCAAGGACCGGUUGGAAUAUGAACUCGCUCAUUCUGACAUUGCGCGCACAAUGGCAAGAGAUUGA